CCGCGCCGCCUUUAAAGUGAGGCCAGGGGCCGCGGCUGGACCGGCCGGGAUCCGGGCCUCGCCUCCUCCCUCGGGGGCGCUAGGGCUCCCUGGCCUGUCUCCGGUGCGGACGGAGAAGCGAAAGCGGAUCGUCCUCGGCUGCGCUGCCGCUGCCCCCGGGACCCCGCGCGCUCCCCUCCGCGCACCCAUCCACCCGCCCGCUCGGCCGGGCCGGGCCGCGGCGGCAGCUCGGCGCUCCCAGCCAGAAUGUUCGCCGCCGGGCUGGCUCCCUUCUACGCCUCCAACUUCAGCCUCUGGUCGGCCGCCUACUGCUCCUCGGCCGGCCCGGGCGGCUGCUCCUUCCCGCUGGACCCCGCCGCGGUCAAGAAGCCCUCCUUCUGCAUCGCAGACAUCCUGCACGCGGGCGUGGGGGAGCCGGGGGCGGCCCCGGACGGUCUGGCGGGGGCCUCGGCCGCCGCCCUCACCGCGCACUUGGGCUCGGCUCACCCGCACGCGUCGUUCCAAGCCGCCGCCAGAUCCCCGCUCCGACCCACCCCGGUGGUGGCGCCCUCCGAGGUCCCGGCUGGCUUCCCGCAGCGGCUGUCUCCGCUCUCAGCCGCCUACCACCACCAUCACCCACAGCAACAGCAGCAGCAACAGCCGCCGCCGCCGCAGCAGCCUCCGCCGCCACCCCGGGCUGGCGCCCUGCAGCCCCCGGUCUCCGCGGCGCGGGUGCUCCCCAACCCCCCGCAUAGCGGCUCGGCCCCGGCCCCCUCUAGCAAGGACCUCAAAUUUGGAAUUGACCGCAUUUUGUCUGCAGAAUUUGACCCCAAAGUCAAGGAAGGCAACACGCUGAGAGACCUCACGUCGCUGCUGACCAGCGGGCGGCCCGCAGGGGUGCACCUCCCAGGCCUGCAGCCCUCCGCCGGCCAGUUCUUCGCGUCUCUAGAUCCCAUUAACGAGGCGUCUGCCAUCCUGAGCCCCUUAAGCUCGAACCCGAGAAAUUCAGUUCAGCAUCAGUUUCAAGACACGUUUCCAGGUCCCUACGCGGUGCUCACGAAGGACACCAUGCCGCAGACAUACAAAAGGAAGCGCUCAUGGUCGCGGGCGGUCUUCUCCAACCUGCAGAGGAAAGGCCUGGAGAAAAGGUUUGAGAUUCAGAAGUAUGUCACGAAGCCCGACCGAAAACAGCUGGCCGCGAUGCUAGGCCUUACAGAUGCGCAGGUGAAGGUGUGGUUCCAGAACCGGAGGAUGAAGUGGCGGCACUCCAAGGAGGCCCAGGCGCAGAAGGACAAGGACAAGGAGGCGGGCGAGAAGCCGUCGGGCGGGGCCGCGGCUGCGGACGGCGAGCAGGAGGAGCGGAGCCUCAGCCGCUCGGAGGGCGAGGCCGAGAGCGAGAGCAGCGACUCCGAGUCCCUGGACAUGGUCCCCAGCGACACGGAGCGGACUGAGGGGGCCGAGCGGCCCCUGCACCAGACCACGGUCAUCAAGGCCUCGGCCGCGGGCGCGCUGCUCCCGGCGGGCGGCGGCGGCAGCUUCAGCUUCGCCAGCAUCGGCGGCGGCGGCGCGGGGAGCGGGGGCGGCGGCGCCUCGGAGCUGCCCCCCGCGCCCCAGCCCCCGCCCAGCGGCGCUGCGCAGAGCCCCGAGCCCGCCCCGGCGCCGCUGGGCGGCCUGUAG